CUCCUGGGCCAGGCCUAAAUGUCACCAUGAUUGGUAACUGAUCCAGAAUCCCAAGAUUAACCUAAACAUUUGAAGUGUGGAAAGUAGAAGAGAUUUAAUACACCACUAACUCUGUUGUGUAACCAUGGCAGACCCUUCAGCAGAGGUACCCUAUUCUGUGGUGACUCAAACGGAAUUAAUUGAGGAACCUCAGUGUUACUACAAUGAAACCAUUGCCUUCUUUUACAACCGAAGUGGGAAACCUCUAGCCACUGAAUGGAACACUGUGAGCAAGCUUGUGAUGGGGCUUGGGAUUACAGUAUGUGUCUUCAUCAUGCUAGCCAACCUCUUAGUUAUGGUGGCUAUCUAUGUCAACCGGCGAUUUCACUUUCCUAUUUAUUACCUAAUGGCUAACUUAGCUGCUGCAGACUUCUUUGCAGGACUGGCAUACUUCUACCUAAUGUUUAACACGGGACCCAACACUAGAAGAUUGACUGUCAGCACCUGGCUCCUUCGUCAGGGUCUCAUUGAUACUAGCCUGACAGCCUCUGUUGCCAACUUGCUGGCAAUUGCUAUAGAGAGGCACAUCACAGUGUUCCGCAUGCAGUUGCAUACUCGGAUGAGUAACCGGCGAGUCGUGGUGGUAAUUGUUGUCAUCUGGACUAUGGCCAUCAUCAUGGGAGCUAUACCAAGUGUGGGCUGGAACUGUAUCUGUGACCUCACUCACUGUUCCAACAUGGCACCGCUCUACAGUGACUCUUACUUGGUCUUCUGGGCUAUUUUCAACCUGGUCACCUUUGUAGUCAUGGUGGUCUUAUAUGCUCAUAUCUUUGGCUAUGUCCGCCAGAGGACUAUGAGAAUGUCUAGACAUAGUUCUGGACCACGUAGAAAUCGGGACACCAUGAUGAGUCUUCUGAAGACUGUGGUCAUUGUGCUUGGUGCUUUUAUAAUCUGCUGGACUCCAGGCUUAGUCUUGCUUCUCCUUGAUGUUUGCUGCCCACAGUGUAACGUCCUGGCGUAUGAAAAAUUCUUCUUGUUACUUGCGGAAUUCAACUCUGCCAUGAACCCCAUAAUCUACUCCUACCGGGACAAGGAAAUGAGCGCCACCUUCAAACAGAUUCUUUGCUGUCAGCGCAGCGAGAAUGCCAAUGGCCCAACGGAAGGCUCUGACCGGUCCGCCUCUUCGCUCAAUCACACCAUCUUGGCCGGAGUUCACAGUAAUGAUCAUUCUGUGGUUUGAAAAGGAACUGG